GCGUGAAUAAUAAAACACUUUCAACUGCGCAAAUCCAUCGUCACUUAUCCUAAUCUCUCUCUCUUUAAUUAAACAAUAAAAAAAGAAUUAAUUAUUUCAUGUCAAUUAAUUGUCCCAUUAAUUACUAAUUAUUAAUAAAUGAAUUGUUAACAAAAAUAGUACGAAUAUCGCUCGACAAAUUAAUAUAUACCUCCGACGCGGCUGUUUGCUCGCAUGUAGAAAAAAAGAAACCGGCUCUGUUCCCGGGCCAAUCAAACUACUAUCCUGCAAAUAAUCCAAGCAAGCUCUCCCUCUGCCUGCCGACGAUCAUCAGCAACGCUUCAUGAAAACGACGCUUCAGGAACUGAACGACCUUACGCGCGAAGCGCUCGCUGCGGGCACAGAAGUCUCUUAAGUCCGGGGAGAACGCAUUCAUUUCGACGUCGAAGAAGCGAGAAGCCUCACGAUGGGCGUGCCGAAAUUCUUCAGAUACAUAAGCGAGAGAUACCCCUGUCUCAGCGAGGUCGUGAAGGAACAUCAGAUACCGGAAUUCGAUUAUUUAUAUUUGGACAUGAACGGUAUUAUACACACAUGCUCCCAUCCGAACGACGACGUCUGCUUCCGCAUCUCCGAGGAGAUGAUUUUUAAGAAUAUAUUCCACUAUGUGGAGGUGCUGUUCAACAUGAUCCGCCCGCAGAAGAUGUUCUUCAUGGCGAUCGACGGCGUCGCGCCCCGUGCCAAGAUCAAUCAGCAGAGGGGUCGGCGUUUCAGGGCGGCCAAGGACGCCGAGGUGCAGGAGGCCAAGGCCAGGGCCAAGGGUAUCCCCUUGCCCAGCGAGAAGAGAUUCGACUCGAACUGCAUAACCCCGGGCACGCUCUUUAUGGCCAAAUUGGGCGAGCAGAUCAAACGUUUUGUCGAACACAAGAUUUCCACCGAUGACGCGUGGAAAAAAUGUAAAGUACUGUUCAGCGGUUCUGAGGUCCCUGGCGAGGGAGAGCAUAAGAUUAUGGAUUACAUAAGGUACAUGAAGGCGAGCAAGGAUUACGACUGUAACUCUAGGCACUGUUUAUACGGUUUGGAUGCCGAUUUAAUAAUGUUGGGUCUCUGCUCGCACGAGCCGAAUUUCUCCCUUUUGAGAGAGGAGGUCAAGUUUGGUAAGCAGCAAGUGAAAACCACCCCCGAGGAGACCAAGUUCUGCCUCCUUCACUUGUCGCUCCUGCGCGAGUACAUAGAGCACGAGUUCUCGCCGAUCAAGGACAAGCUGUCCUUCCAAUUCGACAUUGAGAAGAUAAUCGACGACUGGGUCUUGAUGGGUUUUCUGGUAGGAAACGAUUUUAUUCCCCACCUGCCAAAUUUACAUAUUGCCAACGGUGCACUGCCAAUUCUGUACCGUGCAUAUAUGGAAGUAUUACCAACGCUCGACGGUUACAUAAAUGAAUCGGGAACAUUAAAGCUCGACCGUUUUGAAAAGUUUAUGGAGAAACUUAGUCGUUUGGACUUAGAGCAGUUUAACGAGCAGUAUGCCGAUAUAAAAUUUUUCGAAAGUAAAACCGGUAGAAGGCCCAAUGAAUCUGAGCGUCAUGUAUAUAAGAAGUCGGAGGACAGCGAGACCGCGUCACCGAAGAAAACGCAAAACAAAGAUUUAGAUGCCCUUAUUAAAAGUACUACGGAGAUGUCCUUAGGUAAUUUUGACGACGAUGAUGAUAUCUUUAUAGAGUAUAGAGACAUGGAUUUAAUAAUAGACGACGAGUCGGAUAGUGAUAUAUAUAACAUGGAAUUUGUACAACAUAAGAAAUAUUAUUAUAUGAACAAGUUGGAGUAUGAAAAUGUCGACGAAGAAGUUUUACGUUCACAAGCCGAAGGCUAUGUGAGAGCGAUACAGUGGAAUUUGCAUUAUUAUUAUCACGGCUGUUGCAGCUGGUCGUGGUAUUAUCCACAUCACUACGCCCCGUAUAUCUCGGAUAUAAAAGACUUCAAGGAUUUGAAGCUGGAAUUCGAUUUAGGGGAGCCGUUCUUACCUUUUCAACAAUUAUUAGCUGUGUUACCUGCGCUCAGCAAGGAACUGUUACCGGAGGCAUUUCAAUCGCUAUUGACAGAGGAAUCCUCUCCCAUAAUCGAUUAUUAUCCGCAUAACUUUAAAACUGAUCUAAAUGGAAAACGACAGGAGUGGGAAGCGGUCGUACUUAUCCCAUUCAUUGAUGAGAAACGGUUAAAGUCUGCUAUGCAACCACAUUUAUCGAGACUAUUAUCGGAAGAACAAAAGAGAAACAGACACGGACCGAUGUGUCUGUUUUCGUACACCGACGAGAGUCCAAUUGUUCACAAGGCAACACUAUACUUCCCGGAGUUUGUCAGUCACGCUGAAGUAAAAUUAAUGAAUCGCGACGACAUUUUCGUUCCGAGGGAGCAAUUAAUUAGGGGAUUGUCCCCGGGUUUCGAACUCGAUCUUUAUUAUCCAGGAUUUCCUAUACUACGGCACAUGGAUCAUACAGCGCAUUUGGAGAAAGCGAGGGUCAAAGUGUUUCAACAACAUUCAGUCCUGGAGAGUAUGAUUUUAACUAUAGUACCGAAAUCGACGCCGAACUUGGCAACUUUAGCAUCGGAGCUGUUAGGAAAGAGCGUGCACACGGAAUGGCCUCAUUUGAAAGAGUCCCUCGUGGUUGGCGUGGCUGACCAUAAGGUGAAACUCAGUUUGAUCAACCCGUUGGGCGGUUACAGUCACGAUAAUCUGAAGAAAGAGGAUGUGAAGGACGCGUUGGCCUCGGAGUGGAACGCACUAUGCAAACAAAUCAAAGAAUUUCACACGUCACGCCUUGGGAUAGAUAUUGGCGAUACGGAUCUGCUGCUUUACGCACGCUCGUCCCUGGGUAGCAAAUAUGUUUUCGGCUCGCAGGGGAAAGUCACGAUGGAGAAACAGUGGAGCGACUAUCCCGUGGCUUACGCUUAUCAGACUGUAAUCAGGGAUAUCUCCGUCUACAGCAAGAAAUUGCCAGUCUACGAAAGCAUGCAUGAAAUUUUUAUACCGGGGACCUUUUGCUUCAUGUUGGGACAUCCCUAUUACGGCGCGAUGGGAGAGGUUAUACAAAACAAGGACAAUUCGCGCAGGAUCAAAAUUUCCAUAAAAUCCGUGAAGGAGCCGACGUUCGAUGCCAUUAAGCAAGCCUACGGGCAACAGAAAACGCGAUACAUGCACGGCAGCAUCGCCGCGCAACGUCUUGGAAUGAGUAGUCAUCUUUUGAGUAGGAUCACCGGGACAAUUUACGUUGUACAAACGUUAAACGAGGAGUUUACUAAACAUAAUCUUGGGUUGAACUUGAAGUUCAAUAAAAGGAACGAAGAGGUGCCUGGUUAUACUAAAAAGGAGAACAGUCAAUGGUUGUACAGCACAAAAGCGGUCGAUUUGAUACGGAAUUACGUAACAAAGUGUCCUAGGUUGUUCGAACGUUUGGCACAGAAUGUAACGAACGACAUUUUCCAAGAGGAAGAUCUAUUCGACAAGGGAACGGACGAGCUGAAGGAUACAGUCGAGUGGCUGAAAGCGGAACUGCACGGUAUGGAGAGCCGCGCUUGCGGGAUGGACGUCGUCGAAGCGGACUUGGUACAGCAGAUCGAGGAGGAGGUGGAGAAGUACUUUAAGAGCGAAGAGACGGGGAAGACGGUCUUGCUGCAAGUGAAGCCGCAGCUACUCUACAAGCCGGGUCUACACCUGCGUAGCGUGCCGCCCGAUCCGAACUCCCAAAAUCGUCUGUUCGAUAGAAUUCGCUGCGUCAGAAGCGGCUUCAGCGUGCCGCUCGGGGCUAAAGGCACUAUCAUUGGAAUACGAAAGGGGAGCGAUCCGAUUGAUACCAUGUACGACGUUCUGUUCGAUCAGCCUUUCAUGGGCGGACUCACGUUAAACGGCUGCUCCGCGUUUCGCGGUUAUCGCGUGGCGGCCACGGACUUCGUGAAUAUCAGCUUCGGCGAAAGAACGGAGCAGGGAAAUCCGGCGAACGAGACGACGGAGAGCCGGAAGCAGGUGGCCAAUUCCGCCUCUCCCAGCAGGAAGGUCGACCAGACGAAGGCGUAUCCGCAGAUGCAGCUCGCCAAGAAGGGACUCGAGAAACUGAAUCGCGACAUUUGCCUGGGUAUGGCGCAACACAGCAUGGUGGAAUUGAGCCCGAAAACUAUACCGUGCACUAGGGUGUACUCCUGUCCGAAUCCCCCUCAGAACGCGCCGCCCAAUCAAGCGUCCGAGUUCCAGGCGCUGUGGAACGAGUUGCACAAGAUGCAGAAACCGAACGGACCGCCGGAGAAAUUGGUGGCAUCCAGUCCAGCGGUGACGAAAGUCAAGCCGUUCAGCAACAAUCACAGCGUGCAAUCGCCGCAAGAUCCCAGCGCGUUUUUGAAAGCUGUGCUGAAGAUUCCCGACGUGAAUCCGCAAACGAGUAAGCAGGAGGACAAACAAUCUGCGCCGCGACCCGCGGCGGCGCCUCAAAAGGCGACGGUCCCGCAGAAGGAUCAGACCGCGAAUCCUCCGCCGUUGGUGCAACAGUUGUUCGACCGCGCCCGACAAACGGAACAACAGAAAAAGGAGAAGGCGAAUCCUGUCUGGUAUAGUUCGCAACUGUUGAGACAUUCCUCGUACAACGGAAUCGGUAUACCAAAAUAUAAUUACAUGGCCGACGAAAAAACGGGCUUGAUCAGCGCUCAAGUCAUGCUGGACAAUGGGAAGGUUUUUAAGGGCGAUCCUAACGCCACUCACGAGCAGGCCGCGGAAAGCGCCGCGAAAAAAGCAUACAAGUUGUUAAAUCUGAACAAGGCACCGACGCACGAUGCUAAAACGAUGGUAAUGGCACCUCAGUGGUUUAACGCUCAGCAGAAUAAUUGGAUCCAAAAUAUCCGACCUCCCAUGAUGCCUCCGAUGGGCCCUAUGAAAAUACCGCCAGUCCCGCAGACUCUGCCUAUGCAGCCUAACUUAUUUUACCCGAAGUAUCCAAAAUUGCCACCGAAUCCGGCGUUCGUGCAAGUAGCGUCGUACAGUCAGAGUAGGCAGCAGCAGCAGCUGCAGCAAAUGAAGUAUCAAGGACCACAGAAAAUUUUUCAGAACGGACCGAAGAUGGAGAUUAAGAACAGUACCGCGUUCGUUCCAUUACAAGCUCAGAAAAAGAGCAGAAACGCCACUCAACAACAACAACAACAAGCCUCGAAGGAGAUGAAUCCGAAUGUUAAAAAGAGCCCUUCUAAAGCGUCUCAACAUCCGCAACAGCAGCAGCAACCGAAAAAAGAGGAAACGCCGCCUAAGAAACAGAAGCCGGAAGUUGUAAAUAAGGCCAGGGAGAAGACGACGUCUUCGAGCGAGCCGUCGCAGCAACAGCCAGGGUCGCAGCAGCAACACGCGGGGAAAUCGUCCAAGCCCAGGAAGUCGCGGGUCGCCGCGAAAUUCGGCGCGCCACCCUUGUCGAACGGCGGCGAACCGCCCAAGUGAAAAGCUCUCUGCUCUUGUCUCUCGGGUGGGGAUAGAUCUUUGCAAAUUAUAUGUAAAUACAAGAUAAUUAUACCGAUCCAUCCUCUUUCCCGCCGUCGUUCGUUUUCUACAUUUUAUAAUAAAAAACAAGCAGAUUUUUCCGAAGAUUUCCAACGGGCCAGUAUAUUAUAUAUAUAUAUUUUAUUUCGAGGACUUCAUAUUUGACGCACCCGAACGUUUCUCGUACUUACAUACGAUAUCACAUGUCCGUGCAAGUAAUGAUACACUAGACUCUUCAAAUGUGUAUAUACAUGCAUUGAACUCAAACACGUACAAUGUAAAAAAUAUAAGUGAGAAUGAUUAUUUCGUAUUUUUGAAUUCAAAUGACUGUUCUGUAUUUUUUACAUUCAUGAUGCAUCGGCAUCAAACUUGUAUUAAAUAACUUUAUUAUCUGAUUUUGUGAUAUAUAUCAUCACAUAGAUUAUUUUGCAAUUAUAAGAAGGAAUUUAUAAGAUUAUUUAUUUAGAUAAAUUUGGAGAUAAUUGUGCUUAUAUUGUAAUAUAUGCACGAAAAAUGAAAGCGGAACUAAAUCAUGAAAGUUUUUAGUAGACAUUUAUGUUCCUUUUUUUUUUGUUUGGGGUAUAUUUUAGUUUUCAUUGGAGAAUAUCUUGUGUGCAGCCAUUAGUUUGUACUAUUUUUUGAGAUUAUUUUGACAUGCCAGUUUUUCUUUUUUUCUUAAAUAUUUUAAUAUGUAUGACAUUUUAUCAGAAAAAUAGAUUGAUUUUAUGCAUCCCUUUUAAAAGACAGAUUUUGAUUUUACAACAUCUUCGUCGGAGUUACAUAUAGGCAUUGUAAUGAGGCAACAUUAAACAUAUAUGUUAUAAGACAUAGGAAAACAAAAAAAUGAUACGUAUUGAUUAAGUCCGUAAAUAGAAAACUUAUAUCUUCGAUAAACUUUUCCGUUCCUUUUUUUCUGUACUGCAAAGCAGCGAAACAAAAAUCAAAAUUAAACGGAAACAUGAACUUUUCAACAAGAUGUUUCAAUGUUAUUAUACAAUAAAGCACAGUAUAAUUGCUAAAUAUACCUCGUAAUCUCUU